ACAUUUCUAAAUUUUCAUGGUUUCUAUCAACCUGUGAUUAUUCGGAGGAACACUAAAUUUAAGUGAGACAAACAGAUUCACAUGGCCCUGGAAUCCCAUGAUUCGAUUCUGGGUCUUCUUUAUUUCAUUAAAUUUUACCUUUUUAUUAGUUUUUGUUUUUUUACUACUACUAUAGCUCUUUCAUAUGAAGAUAAUUCUUUCACAAUUUCAAGAUUUACUUACAGUAAAACUUCACUCGGACCAUAUGAUUGGCGUUAUAUCAGAGUUGAUUUACCUACAUCAUUUUCUUUGGUGACUAUCGCUUUAGAGUCUGAUGUAAACCUUGAUAAAAGUUAUGUUAAGAAAGCAAACAGCUAUAAUCUACCAAUGUUGUGCAUUCGUGAAGGCAGCCCCCCUUUGCCUGAUGCAUAUAACACCUCUUUAAGUGGUUUAGUGUUGGAUCCUGUAUCUAAUGAAUCUUUGGGUACGGAAAGCCUUCAAUUUGCCGAUAAAUGUUAUCCCAUGCAGAAAAAUAUUCUAUUAAGACUCACAAACGAGCAGAUUUCUCCAGGAGUAUGGUACUUUGGGCUAUUUAAUGGCAUCGGAUCAAUGAGGACACAAGGAAAGAUGAUAAAUCGAGGGUCAGGUUAUUCUUUCAGUGGAAAUGUUAGCGUUGAAGGGUGUAUAGGCCCAUCUAUCUCAGGCCAGUUCUGUAACCAAACCAUCGACCAACUCUCUUGCGUUGACCAGAAUUCAACUCAAGUCAAUGUUGUUUCUUGUAGGAACAACAAUGAAAGCUCAUGUAGUGAUCCAAAUGAAGCAAAAGUCUAUGCUUUGGACUUGCUCGGACUUUAUGAUGAAGCAAUUAUUUCAAUUGUGAACAUCGAAGUUAACCAAAGUCAACUUUCAAAUGGGGCAAGCAAUUAUAGUAGUAUCAGCUUAAUGUGUUAUGUUCGGCAUGGUGCCAUGCCAUCGUCAUCUAUUCAUGAUUAUUCAGGGAACAUCAUUGAUGCCCCUUUGGCUAUACAAUCGCCCAAAGUUGGUCGGUGGUAUAUAACCAUUUUGCCCCUGGACCUCUCAAAUGGAACGAUGGGGAACAUGAAGGCUUGCUAUUCGUUGCUGUGGCAAAUGCGUCAAUGUCCUCAAAAUAAAGCUGGUUUGAACUGUAUGUGGGAACGAUAUAUGCUCCAGACGAUGCUGAGGAAAAAUCCUUCUGUUCCGUUCGAAUCAUAUUAUUUGCCCAUGAACGAUAAAGGAUCUUCUCAUUCAUCUAAUUUCCUUCUUGAGCCUCUUCUUAGCAAUAGUUCGCUUGGUCAAAGUCAACAUUUUGCAUGGACUUAUUUUCUAGUAGACAUCCCAUUGGGUGCAGCUGGAGGAAGCAUUCAUGUUCGAAUAAAUGUGGAUACUAAAUGGAAUCAUGAAAUUUAUGCGUUAUAUGGUGGAUUACCAUUUGAAGAUAAAUGGGAUUACUUCUAUGCCAACACGACUAGUAAUAGUAAUUGUUCUAUGUUUUUUAAGCUGUAUGAUUCAGAUGAGAAACAUAUUGGUUUUUAUAUCGUCUAUGCUAGAGGUGGAACUUGGGGCUUUGGUAUCAAACAUCUCACUUCUUCUCAUCAGAUUCAGAGUCAAAGUACUAUGGCUAUUUCGGUUGAAAGAUGCCCAAAAAGCUGCUCUUCUCACGGGACAUGUCAAAAUGAUGUUGAUAUGAGCGGAUUAUCACUAUACAGCUAUUGUUCGUGUGAUCGUACUCAUGGAGGCUUUGAUUGUAGUGUGGAACUUGUCUCCCAUCGAGGACAUUUAUUGCAAUCAAUUUCACUUAUAGCAUCAAAUGCUGCAUUCGUAUUCCCUGCCUUUUGGGCCCUGCAUCAGAAGGCAUUUGCAGAGUGGGUUCUCUAUACUUCUAGUGGUAUUUCAAGCGGAUUAUAUCAUGCAUGUGACGUUGGCAGUUGGUGCGCACUAUCUUUUCAUGUUUUACAGUUCAUGGAUUUCUGGCUUUCGUUCAUGGCUGUAGUGAGCACAUUUGUAUACUUGGCUGCCAUUAAUGAAUCUUCAAAGAGGACAAUUCAUACGGUUGUUGCCAUUCUUACAGCACUCAUGGCUGAAACUGGAGCAACGAGGUCCUCCAAUAUUGUUCUUGUAAUAGCAAUUGGAGCAAUUGGCCUUCUUGCUGGUUGGCUGAUCGAGUUCUUCACUCAUUAUAAACGAUUCUCGUUUUCUGCAGAACUUUUACUGAAUAUGCUCCAUAGGUGGCAGACAAUCAAAGGAUGGUUUCAUAACCUUGUAAAGACACUUCUUAGACGUUUUCGGUGGUUUUUUGUGCUUGCUGGAUUCAUUGCAUUAGCAAUGGCUGCCAUAAGCUGGAGUCUUGAAUCACCCGAAAGCUACUGGUAUUGGCACAGCAUGUGGCACGUAUCGAUAUACACUUCUUCCUUCUUUUUUCUCUGCUCAAAGGUGAAUGUAAUCGACUGUGAGAAUCAAGGGUCUACAGGCACAGCGUAUCAGUUGACUCGACAAGAUUCUCUCUCAAGAGGUGAAGACCAACAGUGAAACAUCUAGCUUUUUAGACUAUCAAUAUAUAAAAAAAAUAUACAUUCUUGGCAGUAUAUAUGGGGUGUAGGGAAGGGGAACCGUAAAUGUAAAUGAGAAAGAGAAAUAUGGAUAGAAUUUUCAGAUAAAUGUUGUAUUGUCAUUCAGGUCAACUCAUGGGUCCCUUGUAAAUUCACAAUUAUAUAUACUUCGAUUUAUAGCAUAGAUGCAAUGAGCACAACUUUACA